GUCAAUACUUUUGUGUAGUACUGUAGGUUGCUCUAGGUUUUUGUAGUUUGGCGUGGCUCUUGAUUGGUCAUUUCCCUGUGAGUUUUUGCACCACGAGUUCGGAGUCUGUGAUUGAUACGGUUCAGCAAGCAAAAUGGUUGCACCAAAGAAACAGAAAAAAGCCAUGGAGAGCAUCAACUCCAGGUUGGCACUCGUGAUGAAGUCAGGAAAAUACGUGCUUGGCUUGAAGCAAACUUUAAAAACUCUCCGUCAAGGCAAGGCCAAGCUCGUCAUCAUCGGCAACAACACUCCUCCUCUAAGAAAAUCAGAAAUUGAGUACUAUGCGAUGUUGGCAAAAACAGGGGUUCACCACUACUCGGGCAACAACAUUGAGUUGGGCACAGCCUGUGGAAAGUACUUCCGAGUCUGCACAUUGUCCAUUACAGAUCCUGGUGACUCUGACAUCAUAAGGUCAAUGCCAGAGGCUCAACAAUAGAUUGAAUAAAGUUAAAUGGUUUUUUUUAUUUAA